AUGAUGCGCGUAUCUUUUUCCAACUGGUCAACUCCCGAGGUUCCCGAUACUUGUAUCGAAUUCAGGAUGGAAAAGAACAAUCCUCUCCUUCCUUUUGCAUUCUCAACUUCCUAUGCGGAUGAGAAAAUCCCUUUGAACACAACUCCACGGGAGAGACAUGUGAUUGAUGAAAAUGCAAGCAGUAUGUAUCACACGAGGACUUCUGCCAAAACGAUGAGCGUCAACCGCCCUGCUCUCCAUUUUGCUCCUGCCUUGAAGAGAAAACAGGGCGAGUCUUUCAACGAAAAAGAUGAUAUCAAAAGAAUAGAGUUUGACAACGAUUUUUUUCACCACCCUGGCCCCUCCACACUACAAGAUUCUGAUCCUGAGACCGGUAACGAAAAUCAGGACUUUGUUGCUGAAACUCUUCCUAGCAGUCCUCCGGUUCUUCCCCAGAUGUCGGAAUAUGAUCAAACUGUUUCCACUUACACAAUCCCCGACUCGCCUAUAGAUCCCGAUUGCACUUUCAGAGAUUUAAACACAUCUCCAGUGAAGCCUGAACGCCCGCGGCUACAAACUAGCAACCAAAGUUCCGAGGCGGAUUUUGGAAUCGACCAGUUCAACAGAUUCAAAACCCUGAGCUAUAUCCAAUGUCCAUCCACAGAUAUGGACCCUGAGGAUUAUCAGUCAAAUUAUGAGAAAAAACAGAACGCGACUGCUCGAGAGAUCAUUCUACAGGCUUUCGACGAUGUAUCUCUUUCUGUGAGUUUGGUGGGCAUGGAUUUGACAGAGAUUCCAGAUGAAGUCAAAGACUUGAAUUCUCUAGUCAAGUUUGACGAACAUAGCAUGCCAUCACUGUAUCAACUAUACUUGACCAACAAUAGGUUGAGAUCGCUCAACCCUGCCUUAUUCAAGUUCGAAAAACUCAAUGUUUUGAGUCUACGUCUAAACAAGUUGCGAAACAUUCCGAGCGCUAUCGGACAGCUCGUAAACUUGGUUGAUUUGAAUAUUAGUAUCAAUCAACUAAAAUGGUUGCCGGCCCAGAUACUCGAACUUCCCAAUUUAAUCACUUUCAGUGCUGGCCCAAAUCCUUUCAUUUCAGUGGAUGAAGAUACCAUUGAGGUCAGAGGGGAUGCCGCAGAAGUUUAUCCCAGAAUCUACAUGCUUGGACAUAAGCUCAACCAUGUCUCUCGCAUAAAAUACUUUCAGCCUGCAAAGUAUGUUCCAUCUUUGAAGACUCUAUGCUUAAAUACCAUUGCCCGCUAUGACGUCACAUACAGAGAGACAAGAACAUGGAAGAAAUCCACUCCUCGUAUUCUCCAUACUGCGAUAGCCGCUGCUGUGCACAAGGGAAAAUAUGAGGAAAAGUGCAAUGAAUGCGAUACGAUAGUGGUUGAACCGUACGCACAUGUAUUUGAGUGGUGGGAUGUUCUUGGUAACAAAAACAUACCUUUUAAGCGAGAGUUUUGUUCCGGCCAAUGUGUAACCAAGUACAAAAGUCGAACCAAAGCUCUUUCAUUGUCGCGAUAG